CACCCCUCCCUCCCUCCGGCGGAUUUCUCCACCUUGGGCCGCCACCGCCUCCUUCAAUUCUGCUCCUAGUUUGGCAGAAUAGAUCGAUAGAACUCUUCUCUAUACUUUCUGCUAACGUAGAAGGUAGAACAAGAAGACCACACCACAGCCAUAAGCCAUCACAUUUGGAGCCACUCUACUUUACGAGCCUUUUCUCUACAUUUAGUGCAAAUCGUCAACCUCUCCGACCGGCCGAGAAAAGAGAGCCACUAAGUUUGGCAACACCGCCUCUAAAUUUUGUAGCAAUAAACGUCAGAGCCCCAGUGUAACUUGGCCCAGAAAUGGGUAACGCCGACUACGUAUUCCCCUCGAGCGGCGACUGUGGGCAUCGCGUGGCGAUACCACCGUCACAGCCAUUUUACAAAUCACUGAAGAAAUCCUUGAAGGAGACCUUUUUUCCCGACGACCCAGUUCGGCAAUUCAAGAACCAACCACCCUCUCGGAAGUUCAUAUUGGGCUUGCAGUACUUCCUACCCAUUCUCGAAUGGGCUCCUCGCUACACUUUCCAGUACUUCAAAGCCGACCUUAUCGCCGGGAUUACUAUCACCAGCCUCGCUAUCCCCCAGGGGAUAAGCUAUGCCAAGCUAGCCAACUUACCACCGAUCCUUGGCCUAUACUCAAGCUUUGUCCCGCCGUUGGUGUACGCCAUGAUGGGGAGUUCCAGGGAUUUGGCCGUGGGGACUGUAGCUGUUGCAUCACUCCUUACGGCUUCUAUGUUGGGGAAGGAGGUGAAUGCUAAUGAGCAUCCGACGCUUUAUCUUCACCUUGCUUUCACGGCUACAUUCUUCGCCGGAGUUCUACAAGCUACCUUGGGAAUCUUAAGGCUUGGGUUUAUCGUGGAUUUUCUGUCACACGCAACAAUAGUCGGUUUCAUGGCCGGAGCAGCCACGGUUGUUUGUCUACAACAGCUGAAGGGGAUCCUUGGGUUGGAACAUUUCACCCAUGCCACUGAUGUUGUUUCUGUCAUGCGUUCUGUCUUCACCCAAACACAUCAGUGGAGAUGGGAAAGUGCUGUACUGGGCUGCUGCUUCCUCUUCUUUCUCAUGCUCACUAGAUACUUUAGCAAGAGACGGCCAAGGUUCUUUUGGAUAUCUGCCCUAGCGCCACUUACGUCCGUUAUUCUGGGAAGCCUCCUCGUUUACUUCACUCAUGCUGAAAAUCAUGGCGUUCAAGUGAUAGGACACUUGAAGAAAGGGCUCAACCCCCCGUCCUUGACCCACUUGACUUUUGGGUCCCAGUAUCUGACGGUGGUCAUGAAAACCGGAAUCAUCACCGGCGUGAUCGCUCUCGCUGAAGGGAUCGCAGUGGGGAGAAGCUUUGCUAUGUUUAAGAACUAUCACAUCGACGGAAACAAAGAGAUGAUUGCUUUCGGCAUGAUGAACAUAGCCGGUUCCUGCACUUCUUGCUACUUGACUACAGGGCCAUUCUCGAGGUCAGCAGUAAACUUCAACGCAGGCUGCAAGACGGCAGUUUCCAACAUUGUGAUGGCAACCGCAGUGAUGAUAACAUUGCUGUUCCUAACGCCAUUGUUCCACUACACUCCUCUGGUGGUGCUCUCUUCCAUUAUUAUUUCUGCAAUGCUUGGCUUGAUCGACUAUGAAGCCGCCGUCCAUCUGUGGCAGGUCGACAAGUUCGACUUCAUCGUCUGCAUCGGUGCAUACAUCGGUGUAGUUUUUGGCAGUGUCGAGAUCGGCUUAGUAAUAGCGGUCUCUUUAUCAAUACUUAGAGUGCUUCUGUUCGUGGCAAGGCCAAGGACCAGUGCUCUUGGCAACAUUCCCAACUCCAUGACUUAUCGAAGUUUCGUUCAGUACCCAGUAGCUAAUAACAUCCCUGGAAUCUUCAUACUUCGAGUCGAUGCUCCCAUCUACUUUGCCAAUGCAAACUACUUGAGAGAAAGGAUCUCGAGAUGGAUCGGUGAGGAGGAAGAGAAGUUAAAAUCAACAGGAGAAACCAGCUUACAGUACAUUAUUCUGGACAUGGGCUGCGUAGCUAGCAUAGAUACAAGCGGGAUCAGCAUGCUGGAAGAGGUGAAGAAGAAUAUCGACAGAAGAGGGCUAAAGCUCGCCCUAGUCAACCCAGGAAGCGAAGUGAUGAAGAAGCUAGACAAAUCCAAGUUCCUUGAGGACAUUGGCCAGGAAUGGGUCUAUCUGACGGUUGCAGAGGCAGUGGGAGCAUGCAACUUCAUGCUACAUACGUGCAAGUCAGCCCCUGCUAGAGAGAUUGUAUGAGUUUAAUUAAUUUAUAGUAAAUUAAGCAUUAAGAGAGCGAAUCGCUAUGCUUGUAUGAGCUUUUAUGUACGUAAUCUAGCUACUAUAUCCUACUAAUAUUGAAGGAGGACUCGCACAUAUUUUGCAAAUCCAGUGAACCAGAGCGGGUUUCGCCUCCUUUAAGUGAAACUUGGGAGGCUUUUCUCUCCUGACCUUUUGUAUUCUGUAGAAAAUUUUAUAUAUAUGUUCAUUAAGAAUUAAUCAAGCUUUAUUUUCUUAAA